CUCGAUAGACUAACAUGGAGACCACUCAGUACUUCUUGCGUUACUGGACACACUCCUGACAACAUGACAGCGCGUUCUACAUUAGUCCUUUUGUUUGUUUUCUGUGUGGAGUUUGGUUGUGUAUUUUCAGAAAAUGUUGUAUGGGAUGACAACUUCAAACGGCCAUUGAAAGUUUAUACAAAACCUAGGAGUUUAAUUGAAGUUGUGAACGAGCGAAGAAGACGAUAUGUCGCCCCGAAGAGUAAAAAGGGGACAUAUAAAGACCUGAUAGGACAUGGCGGAUCUGUGAUUGACAGAAAGGCUUAUGACCCAGAUUCUGUUAUUGCUGGCAUCCUUGCUGGGAUGUUUGUGGAAAGAAAUGGAGUCGAACGGACGCCUAAUGUUGAUUUCCAACGUAGCCGGAAGUUUCGUGGACAACAGUUGGAUACACACAAACUGACACACAGACAGAAAGUGAUAUAUGGCCUAGAAUCCGAAAAUUCGAACGAUAUGAGAACACGAAGAAAAAGAAAUUUCGUUUCUGACAACAACUCACUUUGGCCGAGAGGGGUAGUGCCAUACCAACUUGACGGAAAUAUGUCCCCCGACGCCGUGGACGUUGUAAAAGCAGGGAUAGAGAUGCUACACAACAUGACCUGUGUGAGAUUCGCACCCAUCGGCUCCCAGCUCGCCAACUCUGUUUCCCAUAGCAACCACGUUUAUUUCUUCAGCCAAUCCGGUUGCUGGUCCUACGUUGGAAUGAUUGGAUGGGGCCGACAGGAAAUAAGUUUACAAGAUCCCGGAUGCAUAAGUCUUGCCACGUCCGUUCAUGAGAUAUGCCAUGCAUUAGGGAUGUGGCACGAACAAAAUCGGUCGGACAGAGACAGUAAGAUCGAGUUGUACGGAGAUAACAUCAGCGGUGGCGGAUUAAACAACGUCAAUUUCAGGCGCAUGACCACUAGAAACUCGUAUCCAUACGAUAUAUCAUCAGUGCUUCAAUAUAUUCUCACGUCCUUUGCUGUGGACAGAUCUCGGCCAACCAUGCGCUCAAAGGAUCCGAGAUUAGCUUUUUUGGCGGAUAAAGCCACUGGUCUGAUGUAUUACGAUGCAAAGGAAAUAACGAAGGUUUACAGCUGCACACAAAACUGCGUUAACCCUCCAAAUUGUGACAAUGGCGGAUAUCUGAACCAGAACUGUCAAUGUCAGUGUCCGGCAGGUCUGACUGGCAGUGACUGUAGAUCUGUCGUCUCCAGUCCUGGUUGUGGUGGCGUCAUAUCUCUCUCAGCGAAUGAAGAAGCGAAGAUAUCAUCGUCGAAUUAUCCUAACAAGUACAGUUUAGGAGAAGAGUGUGUCUGGCUAGUAAAGGGUCCCCCAGAGCACCAUAUACAGAUGACAAUAGAUUUUAUGGAUAUCUCGGAUAACGGAUACGAUGCUUGCUAUCACUGGUUGGAGGUCCGUUACAACUUAAUGGGACAGGACGGCCCGGAAUUAUGUGGUCUUCGGAGGGACGAAACAUUUUAUUCAUCACACGAUGAAAUGGAGAACGUGAUGAUGUUAAAGUUUAACUCCGCCAUUUCCAGUGACAAGGCUCCAUCGACAGGGUUCAGUCUCACUGUGAGAAGUAUCGGUAAAAGUUGUGUUGACCACCCUUGUAAAUUUGGUGAAUGUUACGUCACUGAUACGUCAUACAGAUGUCAGUGUCAGUCGGGUUUUGCCGGAACUAACUGUGACGAAUUUGUAGGAAGAGACAUGUACUUGUUCUCUAACUUUGAUAACGAGGAAUUAAACUUUCUACAAAAUGUGGAUUCGGAUGAUUUCGACUGGACUUUACAUUCGGGUAGCACACCCUCGUCCGCCACUGGUCCACAGUCCGCCAAAUCCGGACAAUAUUACAUGUACAUCGAGGCUUCAUCGCCUCGCUCUGAAGGCGACAAGGCUAUUCUUAGUAGUGAAAUUGUCAAGUUUAGCUCAGUACAUGAAAGAUGUCUGCGAUUCUCUUACCACAUGUACGGGUCCGCGAUCGGCUCCCUAGCUGUCUAUUUCCAAGGUAACAGCACCAAUAAAACACUGGCUUUCCAAAAAAUCGGCGACCAGGGCAAUCAGUGGAACUCCACGGAAAUAGACAUUCCGCCCAUGCAAAACCUUCAGAUCAUCAUUGAGGGAGUGAGAGGUUCGAGCUAUGAUGGGGAUAUUGCUAUUGAUGCAAUAGAACUUCGCAGUCACAACUGCUCAACAACGCUACCUCCCACAACUACUGGCACGACAAGGAUCUCUACUGAAUCAGACCCUCCCACGACACCUAUAACCACGCCCUUUAUUGGUGACAAGGCGUCAAUCAAUGUCACGGAUUCAAUCACGCCAACUUCUGCUACACAAGCCCCUCUGUCUGUGUCAGUCACCUGUGAUUUCGAAACCGGAAACACGUGCUUUCUUGAGAAUCUUGAGCAAACACUGAUUUCAGAAAAAGACACAGUAUCCACUGAAUUGCAAAAGGAUGAUUUCGACUGGACAUUACAUUCGGGACCGACCCCUUCCUCAGACACUGGGCCCGCCAUGGCGUACAGAGGGUCACGGUACGCCUUCAUUGAAGCAUCCAGUCCCAGGAAAGACGGGGAUAAGGCUAUAAUGAGAUCCACGAAUACGUUUAGAGAAACUGUGCAGUGCUUGAGCUUCUCCUAUCACAUGUAUGGGAAAACAUCGGGGAUGGGAAAACUCAAUGUCUAUUAUACAGCCCAGAAUGGUUCAAUCCUUAGAAUUUUUAGUAGAAUUGGCAACCUAGGAGAUGCUUGGAGAAGAGAGUUUAUACAGAUCCCACCCACACGCGGACUUCAAAUCUAUUUUGAGGGUAUUCGUGGAAUCGGUUACAGAAGUGACGUAGCAAUUGAUGACAUCAUCGUUAGCGAGGGAGAAUGUGGAUGUGCCGCUAGACCGUGCCAACAUGGCGGAGUUUGUCAUUCUCUUGGCGGAUCUAGCUAUAACUGUAGCUGUGUAGGCGCGUACGGGGGAACUCAUUGCGAGGAAUUAGUUUCAGCGAUAUCUUGUUCAUUUGAUGACGGAUUGUGCGGUUUUCUGACCCAGUCUACGGAUGAUGAUUAUGACUGGCAAUUUGGAACGUAUACAAGAAGCAGGUACACCGGACCCCAGACCCCCCUAGACGGCCGUUUUGCCUACACCGAGGCUUCGUUCAAAGCGAGGGGAAGUACCAGCAUCCUGACGACCGCCGGAACACAGCUAGCUUUCCAGGACUGGUGUUUUUCCUUCUCUUACUACAUGUACGGGUACAACAUGGGAGCCCUCGCGGUCAGGGCCGGCUACUCCGGCCUCGGUCUGCCGUACCGCUGGUUCUGGUACGGAAACAAGGGCGCGAGGUGGGAGCACCAGAGUAUAACCAUCCACGCCAUUCCCAGACUCGUGAUUGAGAUCAUGGCGGUGCGAGGGUGGGGCUAUCGGAGUGAUAUGGCGGUGGACAACAUAUCGCUCACUCCGGGGACGUGCUAAUGCUAUCUCUUUUUGCAUUUAUUUUGAUUAUUUUUUUUUUUCAUUUGAUUGUUUUUUUUUUAUUUAUUGCAUGUUGAUUUUGGUUUUACAUGUAUUUAUCAACAUUUCAUUAUUUCUUGUCCAUUUUAAAGAGAUGGGGUACCGGUGUUUUGUUAUUCUAUAUUGGCUGGAAGGUGUUUUUAUUUGUGGGAGGGGGUUACUUAAAUACUAUUUUGAUUUUUUUUAAAUGGGGUGAGUAGGUUAGAAAUAUGAAUUAGUUCUAUGCGCAAUUGUAACACACUUUAAAUUCAGAAAACAAGUCACAAAUGGAUACCAUCACCAGAAUAUUCAUCGCAAUAUAUAUUAAUUAUUUUUCUAUUUUUCGUAAUUUCUAUGAAUUUAUCUUCUUUUUAAGGUUAAACUUCUGGAAAAAAAACUUCAUAGAAAAUACAUAAUAAAUCAUCAAAUGAACAAGCUUUAGUUAUAAGGAGGUAUGGGGUACCUCCAUUUUUGACGAACUCUCUUUCGAAAUAAACUAUGAAAUUCUUAAAUAUUUUCUUAAAUGGGUAAAGUUGGUUUUUUUUAAUUUUGUUUGUUAGUUUGAUUUAUGUUUUUGUUGCUUAAUUAGUUGAUUAAACUGGUUUUUUUCGUUUUAAAAAGAGUUAUUUUAUGAAUUUUAAUUGUAUUCAAUGUCUUGUUGUCUUCGUGUUUGUUUCACGUUAUCAGUGAAGGUACUGCAAGAUCAGACCACAAGGCCAUGAAACAGUCAAAGUUUAUCAGUUGUCUGAAACUGUUAUCAUUAAAAGUACAAAUGUUUUGAAAUGUGUUUUAAAAAAAAAUGUUUAAAACUGCUUCUUGAACUUCGGGCAAUUUUCCGAUGUUGUACAAAAUGACACGCGGUUCUGUUUUAUAUGUUUAACGCGUGUUUCAUUUACUAUAGUAAUC